AUGAACUUUGGCAAUCAAACACCUACUAUUGUUGUCCUUAAGGAGGGAACCGAUUCCUCCCAGGGUAGAGGCCAAAUCAUCUCUAACAUCAAUGCCUGUUUGGCAAUUCAAGAUACGUUGAAACCAACUUUGGGUCCGUUAGGUUCUGAUAUAUUGAUUGUGACAUCUAACGGUAAGACGACUAUCUCCAACGAUGGUGCUACAAUUCUUAAAUUAUUAGACGUUGUUCAUCCAGCAGCGAAGACACUAGUUGACAUUUCCAGAGCUCAGGAUGCUGAAGUUGGUGAUGGUACCACAAGUGUGACCAUUUUAGCUGGUGAAUUGAUGAAGGAAGCAAAGCCUUUCUUAGAAGAAGGAAUCUCUUCUCAUAUUAUCAUGAAGGGUUACAGAAAGGCAGUAGAACUGGCUGUAGCUAAAAUCAAUGAAAUUGCGGUUGAUAUUUCCAAUGAAAACAAUUCAAGAGAUUUGCUAGAACGUUGUGCUAGAACCGCGAUGUCCUCUAAGUUAAUCAAUAAUAACGCUGAUUUCUUUGUGAAGAUGUGUGUGGAUGCAGUGUUAACAUUAGAUCAAGAAGAUCUUGAUGAUAAAUUGAUUGGUAUCAAAAAGAUUUCUGGUGGGGCUAUGGAAGAUUCUUUAUUCGUUGACGGUGUCGCCUUCCAAAAGACUUUCUCGUACGCUGGGUUCGAACAACAACCAAAGACUUUCAAGAAUCCUAAGAUCCUUUCUCUAAACGUUGAAUUAGAACUAAAGGCAGAAAAAGAUAAUGCAGAAGUGAGAGUUGAACAUGUCGAAGAUUACCAAGCUAUCGUUGAUGCUGAAUGGCAAAUCAUUUUGGAUAAGUUACAACAAAUUGAAGACACAGGUGCCAACAUCAUUUUAUCUAAAUUACCAAUUGGUGACUUGGCCACUCAAUAUUUUGCUGAUAGGAACAUCUUCUGUGCCGGUAGAGUCGCAACUGAAGAUAUGAACCGUGUUAUCCAGGCUGUCGGAGGCUCUGUGCAAUCUACCACUUCUGACAUAAAACCAGAACAUCUAGGAACUUGUGAACUGUUUGAAGAAGUGCAAAUUGGUUCUGAACGUUACAACCUUUUCAAAGGAUGUCCACAAGCUAAAACCUGUACGUUGCUACUUAGAGGUGGUGCUGAACAAGUUAUCGCUGAAGUUGAAAGAUCCCUACAUGAUGCUAUUAUGAUCGUUAAAAGGGCUCUACAAAAUAAACUAGUAGUAGGUGGUGGUGGUGCUAUAGAAAUGGAAAUCUCAAAAUAUCUAAGAGAUUAUUCAAAGACCAUUGCCGGUAAACAACAAUUAAUUAUCAAUGCAUUUGCCAAAGCAUUAGAAGUUAUACCAAGACAGUUAAGUGAAAACGCAGGUUUCGACUCUGUGGAAAUCUUGAACAGACUAAGAAUGGCUCACAGUAAAGGUGAGAAGUGGUAUGGUGUUGAUUUUGACAAUGAAACCAUCGGUGAUAAUUUCAACAAAUUUGUCUGGGAACCUGCUUUAGUCAAGAUUAAUGCCCUAAGCAGUGCUACUGAAGCUACCAACCUGAUUUUGUCCGUGGAUGAAACCAUUAAGAAUAAAGAGAGUGACUCUGCAGGAGCUAGUAUGGCUCCUCCACAAGGUGCUAGAGGAAGAGGAAUGCCAAUGCCAAUGCAAUAA